CUAGCUUCCAGCAGCGGUACUAAAAAAAUUGGUCGGAUUUGUUAACUAGCGGUGCCUUUUUUAUGAAAAUGUCCUCCCCAUAAGCAAGACAACAGAGUACACAAUGUGUGCUGAAGCAGAGGCAGCGAAACACGAAGCUAGCAGGCGACGGUGAGCGAAAGGCCGGCUGUUAGAGCGGCUCCGUGACGGGCUGAAGCAGAUGUGAUCCACGGUGAAUUUGGGUAAAAGGCGGAAGACUGCGUAUCAACAGGGCGAUGCUACACAGCUACAGCCGCUAGUCAGCUAACUGGCUGUUCCAACAUGCAGGAAUCAAAAUCCACGGACAAAUUCCAACUUCCAGCAUCCGUAUUUAUGGAACCAUAACAGGACGGCUGACGCUUUCUUCAGUACUCUGCUAAGCUGAACAAAACCGAGGAUGUCGAGCAGGAGAAAAUCGACCACACCCUGUAUGGUUCCUACUCAGGAAGCCCUAGACUCGGAUCAGGAGGUGGAGGAUGUUAUGGACAUCACAGACCCGGAGGAUAGCAACGAAGGGGCUGCGCUUUAUUCUGAGGUUCCUUCUUUGUCGGAGGAUCCAGCUGAGGAUGCCGACGUCAGGCCGGACGCGGUGCCGGACCCAUACCUGGACUUGAACACGGCUGAAGGGGGAUACGAGUGCAAGUACUGCAGCUUCCAGACUUCAGAGCUUAACCUGUUUACCAUGCAUGUGGACACGGAGCACCCUGAUGUCGUCCUUAACGCCUCCUACGUCUGCGUGGAAUGUGACUACCACACCAAAAGUUACGACACGCUUCAGGCCCACAACGCUCGGCUACAUCCAGGAGAGGACAACUUCACGAGGACAAUGGUGAAACGAAACAACGAGACCAUCUUCCAGCAGACGGUGAACGAUCUCACCUUCGACGGCAGCUUCGUCAAAGUGGAGGAAGACGAGGCGGAGGUAACGUCCCGCAAAGCCAUCCCGCUCAGCAAAACUCCCAUCAUGAGGAUCAAGAGCCGGCCUGAACCUAAAAAGUUUGCUGCAGCCCAAAAACUGCCAAUGGACGUCAUCAAGGUGGAGAGCGACGACGAGUACGAUGAGAACCAGGAGCCGCCCACUCUGUCGCCUGCUCCCACAGCCCUUGCUGCUUCCACGCCGCGCCUCAUCCCCGUCUCCACGCCGCUGCAGGUCCAGGCCGUCCCUCAAGGCAUCAUGGUGAACAGCUCCAACAUGCUGCAGAUUAAAGGUGGCUCCUCUGGUGGCUCAGUCCUGCCCCCGGGGACUCUGGCCCAGGUUCUUUCCGCCCUGCAGACCCAACAGAGCCCUCAGACCCAGCUGCUAAUCCCCAUCAGCAGCAUCCCUACCUACAACAGUGCCAUGGACAACAACGUCCUGCUCGUCAGCGCUUACAACAGGUUUCCGUAUCCUUCUGUAUCAGAGAUCAUUGGCCUGUCAGCGCAGACAAAGUUCAGUGAGGAGCAGAUCAAGGUCUGGUUUUCAGCCCAGAGGCUCAAACAUGGAGUCAGCUGGACACCAGAGGAGGUGGAGGAAGCAAGGAGGAAGAAGUUUAACGGCACAGUUCAGACUGUACCCCAGACCAUCACAGUCAUCCCUGCCAACAUUGGUGCGUCUACUAAUGGGCUGCAGUCCAUCUUUCAGACCUGCCAGAUCGUUGGACAACCAGGUCUGGUCCUCACUCAGGUGGCUGGCAGCGGGAGCACCGUGCCUGUGGCGUCUCCCAUCACCCUAACUGUAGCGGGGGUACCUGGAAACCAGCCCAAGGCAGCCGAAGCUUCAGCGCCUGAAUCAAACGCUGACGUUUCGGCUUCCUCCGCCAGCACCUCGCUCAGUUUGGAUGCAGGAGCUACGAAACCGAAGAAGUCCAAAGAGCAGCUGGCUGAGCUGAAGGCAAGCUACAGCAGGAGGCAGUUUGCCACAGAGGAGGAGAUAUCGAGGCUCAUGGAGGUCACCAAACUCUCCAAAAGGGCGAUAAAAAAGUGGUUCAGUGACACCCGCUAUAACCAGAGAAACUCAAGGGAUCACCACAGCUUGCUGCUGAGCGAAACUUCGUCCAGCAGAGCAGCUCUCUCAGGAGCAGGUCGGGCUGCGAGGAGCAGCAGCAACAGCUUUACUGAGAACAUUAACAGCGAAACGCUUUCGGACUUAAGCACCACCACAGUGGGCACACCCACUACAGCCACCAUGACUACCACAACCAUAGUUAUCGACUCCAGCGACGAUGCCAGCGACUCCUCCCCAACUACUGCCAACGCUCCAAGUUCCUCUGUAUCAGCGAGCGACCCACGUGUCAAAUUCCGCCGCGCUUUUCCUGACUUUACGCCCCAGAGGUUCAAGGAAAAAACCACAGAGCAGCUGCAGAUCCUGGAGGCCAGCUUCCAGAAAUCAGACAUGCCUUCAGACGAGGAGCUGAGCCGACUGCGUUCCGAAACCAAGCUGACGAGAAGGGAGGUGGACGCUUGGUUUACAGAGAGACGGAAAACGCCUUCAGCAGCGUUAUUAAGAGACAGUGAUACUGAGAUGGAGGAAAAGGUCAAACCCACUACUACGCCUGCGGUAUCUCAGGAGGGACAGACUACCACUCCGCCUGCAGGGAGGAAGAUCCUAAAGAAGACCCCAGAACAGCUCCAUGUUUUGAAGAAAGCCUUCGUUCGCACUCAGUGGCCGACAUCCGAGGAGUAUGAUCAGAUGGCAGAGGAGACCGGCCUGCCGCGGACCUACAUCGUCAACUGGUUCGGAGACACGCGCUACGCCUGCAAAAACAGCAACCUAAAGUGGUACUACCUGUACCAGAGCGGCAAGGUGGAUGAGGCAUUGAACGGUGCAGGAAAGGGCCAGAAGAAGUCUAGGAAGCGAAGCCGAGGUUGGUCCAGGAGGACCCGCCGGCCGUCCCCCUGCAAACGUUCCCCACAAGGUGGCGCAGGACUCAUCAAGGUGAAGUCUGGAAAGACGUUUCUAAAGGAUUACUACCUCAAGCACAGAGCUCUGAGUGAGAAAGAUCUGGACGAUCUGGUGACAAAGUCUAAAAUGAGUUACGAACAGGUGAGGGACUGGUUCUCUGAUACAGCCAGAAGGGUGGAGGAGGGAAAGGAGCCAUUCAGCGACGAGGACGGGGAGGAGGAGGAUGAAGAGGAGGAGGAAGAAGAAGAGGAAGAGGUGGCAACAACUGAGUGUAGAGACAGUGAAGGAGAAAUGGAGGCAAAAGAACAAGGAGAGGCUUCGUCAAAGGAUGAGGAGGUCAAGGACGAGACAGAGGACCCCAGUGAGGAGGAGGAGAAAGGUGUACAGGAGGAUCCUGAAGGUGUCGGCCAAUCACAGCCUCAGACCGAGGAGCAGACAUGAGCAGACAGAUUCAGCAUUGCUGCCCCCACUGUGGAGACAACAGAGGACAAUGCAAGACGUGUUUCUCAGCUGGAGAGUCAGACCCAUAGAUGGCUGCGGAGAGCUCAGACGGAUCAUACCACGUCUAACAAACGUGACAUGAUCAAGGUUUGUGGCUUGAGAUGAAGUCGGGGUAACGAUGCAGCUGAAAAUCUCUGAGCCUGAGGAAGUGCAGGACGCCCGCUGUGGGUUUAGUUUCUUCUAAGUGAUGGAAAGUGGGGACCAAGUGAAUGCACAAAACAAAGCUUUUCACCAAACGUUUCUGUACUGCCCUCUUACAAGGAACAGGAUUUUAUUUCAGGACCUUUAGGUCCUUUUUCUUAUAAAACAAAAGAAACUUUGUAUAAAG